CCCAACAGCUUGACUUAGUCUGCAGGCUGGGUCAGGUGCAAGAGUCCUUUAGAAGUACAACAAGCAGCAAUGGGAGAGAAAAUGGAAAUGGAUGACACAGACUGUACUCUGAUGGAGAAGGGGAAGAAGCCAACAGCGCCAAAACCUCCAAACAAAUAUGAGAGUCUGUUCCAGCCCUGCCUCGCCGAGAUCAUCGGGACCAUGUUCUUUGUUUUCGUGGGCUGUGUGUCCGUCAUUGAGAACGUGCCGGCGGCUGGACGCCUGCAGCCGGCCCUGGUGCACGGACUGGCUGUGGCUGUGAUGGUGGCGGUCAUGGAUAACAUCAGUGGCUCCCAUUUCAACCCUCCCUUCACCAUUGCCAUCUACCUGUGUGGAGGCAUGAAGCUGAUGAUGGUGGGGCCGUACCUGAUCAGCCAGCUGAUCGGAGGAGUGCUGGGAGCGGGAAUGGCCAAGAUGAUGACCCCUGCAGACCGCUACCUCAACGCCACAGGAGCAGCGUUCGACAUCCUGAAGACGGAGAGCCAGCUGUCCGGCGCCAUCUUCGGGGAGGUGGCCAUGACCUGCCUGAUCACCAUGGUGGUGCUGCUGGUGGCGGUCAACCAGAAGACCAAAACCCCGCUGGCUCCCUUCCUGGUGGGCAGCACCGUCAUCAUCAACGUGCUGGCAGGGGGUGAUGUUUCCGGGACGUGUCUGAACCCUGCCAGAGCUUUCGGUCCGGCUCUGAUGGCCAACUACUGGGUGUACCACUGGGUUUACUGGGUGGGACCCAUCGGUGGAGGUCUGGUGGCCGCUGCUUUGCUCAGGCUCAUUCUGGGUGACAGUAAGUUACGAGUGGUUAUGAAAACAUAACAGCCUCUAUUGUGUGUUUAUUUCCUGCAGGUGAUAAUAAACCUGUGAACACUGUGUCUCUUCCUUCUCUGUCAAACUGUAUGAAUUGAAAACCAUGUGGAUUUUUUUCAGUAUGAAAUAAAGAACAAAAACAUGUCAA